GUCUAGAUUUAUUGUAAAGUUUAUUUAUCUACGUGCAUACGAUUUGCAAGAGGUCAGUGUCAUUUGUACUUUAGCGUUUCCCUCUCUCACGAUGAUAACACAAAAUUGAAACAUGUUGUUGCCAGCUAUAAUUGUGUCCUUAUUACUCGUCACAAAAUUAAGGGCAGACGUGAGCGAAUUUUUUAACAAUAAUUUAGUAAUUGAAUCCCCUCUCGGGACACUAUUUCCCGGAGAGCACGCCCAAUUCGUAUGUAUCGCAAAGAAUUUCGAAGGAGAUGGAAAACUCGUUUGGCAUUGGCAUUUCACGAAUAGGUCAACAUUGUACACGAUAGAACCUGAAUCAGACCAGUUGGACAGAUCCAAUGGCGAUUUUCUUAGGCGCAGCGUUAUUCGGGUGCCCGACAGCGACAGUAGCAGAAGAAUUGCUUACAUUGGAUGUGAAUUUUCUACGGAAGGACAUCUCUACACGAAAUUGAUGCCUCUGGAUAUUCUGAAAACAUCCAGCCCAACAACCUUCAGAAAUCAUCAAAUAAUUUAUCCACAAAUAGCUCUCGAAGUUUACAGCUCCGAAAUAAGAAAACCUGAUUCAGAUGCACCAAUGACGAUCCUAAAUUCCUCAUCUUACCGACAUCCUGCCUACCUUGUCACAAACAAAUCCAUCAGUUUAUCACCUGACGCCAAGAGUAUACGAUUAUCCUGCAUAACUCCAAAACAUCAGCACGGAGAGUAUCGAUGGGUCAUAUCCACCACGGGACAGACUCCAACAAACGAUUCCAAAAAGCAGUCUGCCAAUCAACUACCCAGCAUAUCCUUAGUUCUCAACAGGAUGUCUUUAAUUUACCGUGAAGCCGUACUUGCUGGGCGUUUGCCUAAUUGUGGGGACAACACGAGCGACAUUUCUCGUCGCCAAUUUCCGUUCUUGCCGUACGAGGACACAGUUUCGGAUACGAUUGAAAUACUUUUGUCCCCACUUGUCCUCGAAGCAGAGACGUUAACCUACACCUGCGAACCAGUCAACAAAACUAACAAUCCCCAAAAUACUGCAUACACUAAGAUAAUGCUACUUGCGACAAGAAGUGGUACGCAGAUGCAGGAACGUGACCAAGAAUUUCUACAAUUGAUCAACAUCCUCAUGCAAAUUUUGCAAAGUUCUUCUGGAGGUGGUGGUGCAAAUUCUGAAGGCGGUGGGAGUGGUGGUGGUGGAUCUGGCCCCAUUUACGGGGUGGGGUUUGGAUCUUCAACCAUCAUGAUUUUAAUGGGGGUCACUAUUUUCUACUUGAAGAGACAACUUAACCAAAUUCAGGAACAAGUCAGAGAACACGACGAAGAACGGAAGAAGCUGAACAGAUCCAGCAGACCAGUAAAUGAGAAUGAUUCUUCAGAGUUAUGACCUUUUUUGACCGUGUAAAGAAGUGCAUAAAUAAUAGUUAUGAAAUCUC